AUGGAUCAGCUCGAGACUGACUGCGGCAUUCAGAAGGGCGGCGGGUCCAUCGACGGAAGGCCUCGGCGCGCCGCGGCCGCGGGCGCCACGGCGAGCUGGCAGGAGGCUCGAGACUGGAGCAGGGCGGCAUCGACCGCGGCGAGCUCGGCAGCGACCGAGCGACCGGCAGGGGCCGGGAAGAGCGGCCGCAGGCGCGGCAAGAGGAGUGAGGCAGCGAUCGAGACCAGGCGCAAGGCCCUCCAGUUCAAGCACGACUUGAGGGAGACUGGCAACAAGCUCCGUGACCUCGCGCACAUCGAGGACCACCCUUCGGAGAACUCAUCAGACGUCGUCGAGAGAGCGCAGAAGGAAGUCCUAGGCAGGAUCACGGACCUCGAGCGUACGAGGCAGGAGAUAGCUGAAAACACGCUGUCAAGCAUGGACGAGCAGGUUCGGCAGCAGUUCGAACUGCUGAGGCAGGAGUUUGCGGCUCGAAUGAGCCAGACCGCCGACGAGAUGAGGAGGCUGGAGAGCGAGAAUCAGCGGCUUCAGCAGCAAGUAGCAGGAGGCCUCGCGGCAAUUCCGCAGGCGAUCGAGCGUAUGGGCGAGCAGAUCAGAGGCGCGUCGAGCGCGGGCGUAGCCGCUCACGGUCUCGUCGACACGAAGGGGAUUGGCAAGCCCACGACGAUGGGCGACGAUCAAGAGAAGUUCGGCGCUUGGAAUCGCAAGAUGGAGAACUACGUGAUCGGCGUGUACGGAGAGAGUUUCCGUCCCGUUCUUCGGUGGGCUGCAGAAGCCGAACGCCCCGUGACGAUCGCGGGGGCUCAGGCGGCGCACGACGGAGUGCCAGAGCUGGAGACCAAGGUCAACCAGCUGUACGCGGCGCUGAUCAGCACGACGGCGGACGGGAGCGAGAGCAACGACCUCGUGACGGGCGCUCCCGAUGGGAACGGUCUCGAAGCCUGGCGGAAGCUCCACCGCAGGUGGGAUCCGACGACAGGUCCGAGGAAGAGGCUGAUCCUGAGGUCGAUCAUCUCGCCUCCGAAGUGCAGCGCGGAUGAGCUGGGAUCCGCAUUAGAGAAGUGGAUCCAGCAGAUAGGCAGGUACGAACGCCGCCAAGGAGAAGAUGGUCUAGCCGAGCUGCCGGAGGAUAUCAAGAUGGCGGCCCUCGAGAUGCUCGUGCCUCAGGACAUCGAGAACCACCUCGUCCUCAACAAGCAUCGGCUCGUAACGUUCCAGGACAGUCUGAACGAGGUGAUGACGAUCGUGGAGGCUCGGACCGGCGUGAAGAUCAAGGAGCCAUCGAUCCGUGCGCGGGCGCAUCAUCCGGACGACAUGGACGUCGGGUCAUUCGGAGCCCCGAAGGGCAAAGGCAAAGGCAAGGGCAAGGACGGCAAGAGCAAAGGGAAAGGCAAGACUCAGGAGCCGAAGGGGAAGAGCAAAUCGACGAACGGAUCAUACUCAGGGCACACGGCACCUCGAAACACCAGCGGGCGCUUCGACGGCUACUGUCGGAACUGCGAGAGAUGGGGCCACAAGGCAUCCGACUGCUGGAAGAAAGAGCAGGGAUCGAGUUCGAGGGCUGGAACUGGAUCCGCAACGGGGGCAAGCGCUGGUGGUAAAGCCGGUAGCCGCGGCGGCAAGGCCGGCGGCAAGGCGGCAGGCAGCCUGGGGGAGGAGCCUGAAGCGGAGGUCGCCGCUCUGGACAUGGGCAGCCUGGACUGCCUGGAGCUCGCCAGCGGCAGCGGCCGCGGCGCAGCGGCGGUCGAUCUCUCCCCCUUCGCGCAGGACGACUGGAUGAAGUUCAACUGGGACAGCGGUGCAGCUAUCUCAGCAUUCCCUCGGAGCUUCGCGCCGCCGACGGGAAUGAAGGGCAACGGCAGCACGUAUCGCACGGCCAGUGGUGAGCUCGUCCCGGACGAGGGCAGCUUGCAGCUCAAGGCGGAGGACGAGUACGGAGUGCUACGAGCGCUCAAGGGACGCGUGACGAACGUGCACAAGCCGUUGAUCUCGGUGGGGCAGGCAGCAGGAGCUGGACAGUGUUCAUUCCUGGGCCGCAAUGGCGGCUGGAUAUUCCACGAGAAGAGCCCAAUCGGCAAGCGCGUGGUAGGCAUGCUCGAGAAGGAGGCGAAGGCGGCGAAGCACCAGAUGCUGCCGGUCUAUCGCGAGCAGGGCGUCUACAACUUCUACCUCAAGAAGGGCCAACAUGGCUCGGUUGCUCCUCUCGAGGAGGGACUUUCGGCGAAGUCGAAGUCCGAGCUGGUGGAGCUCCUCAGCGGCAAGUCGAAGGAGGAGCUGCUGGAGAUCCUCGAGAAGACAGACUUAAUACCACGGCCCCCGGCGGCAUCGGCUGCGGGGGCGGCAGCGGCGGGGUCGGGGCCUUCCGACGUGAGACCGCCGGGUUUUCAGCCAGCGGCAGCUGCUGCGGCCGACGCUUUGCCAGCUGCUCCUGAUGGACAGCAGGCCGAGGAGGGCGAGGAGGAGGCUCGCCCGAGAGUGCUGAAGGCACCUCAUGAGCCCUCUCAGAGGGAGAUCGCCGAACACGAGGCGAUGGGACACGCGACUUAUCGCAGCUGGUGUCGCGUGUGUAUUGCGGCAAAGGGCCAAGGCCAGCCGCAUCUCCGCGCACCGGAGGACGACGAGACAGCGGUGCCGGUGGUCUCGUCCGACUACGCCUUCAUGGGCCAGGACGACGCGGACACCAUGCCGAUGCUGGUCCUUAGGGAUCGGCGCUCGAAGAUGAUGGCGGCGACAUUCGUGGAGAAGAAGGGCGACGACGCCUACGCCAUCAAGUUCUUCGCACGCUUCUUGCGGAUCCUGGGCUACAGGAAGAUCGUCAACAAGUCCGACGGCGAGCCAGCGAUCCUGCUGGUCAAGAGGCGUGCGGUGGAGGAGGUUCCUGGCCUCGAGGCCAUUCCCCAGGAGUCGGCACCGGCCGAUCAUCAGGCCAAUGGGGAGAUUGAGGUCACGGUGCGCGAGAUCAAGAAGCAGGUGCGGGCGCUCAAGAUGGACCUGGAGUCCAAGCUGGGCGUCAAGGUGGAGGACAAGCACCCGGUGCUAGCGCACCUGCCGGAGCACGCCGCAUCGGUAAUCAACCGAUACCGGCGCGGCCAGGACGGCAAGACCGCUCUUCAGCGGCUCACGGGGCGGCAGUGGAGGAAGCCGGUCCCGCUCUUCGGCGAACGCUUGAUGGCGCGGUUCGCCGGGGAGCGCGCGAGGAAGAACGCGCUGGAGGAGCAGAUGGUGGAGGCUCGCUACAUCGGCCACCACCCGCGCGACGGCUCGAUGAUGGUCAUCACGAGCGACGGCGUGAAGAAGGCGGUCGGCUUUCGCAGCCUGCCGCAGAGCGAGAAGUGGAUCACGGCGGGCUGGGAUGGCCUGAAGGGCCUGCCGUGGGACGUGGCUCCGCGUGCGGCAAGCGCGCCGCGGGCCAUCGUCGGACCUGGAGAGGUCGGUCCGCCACCAAUUGUGGUGGUGUCGCCGCAGCCGCAGGCGCCGAGGAGGAUGUACGUCCUCAAGGCGGACAUCGAGCGGCUGGGCGCAACGCCGGGAUGCCCAGGGUGCAUCUCGAUCGCUCGGCACGGCCGGGUGCUGGCUGGCCACGCGCACAACGCGGUGUGCAGCAAGAGGAUCUUCGAAGCGCUGGACGCGGAGGAGGCAGGCCGGGAGAGGACCGGCCAGUAUCGAGAGCGGAGGCAGGGCCAAGAGGCCAGAGUCCGACCGGCGGCAUCGGCCGCGGCAGGGACCCCUCCGCCGAAGACGGCUCGGAGGAUCACCGAGCCGGUGGCAGCGGCGGCAGCGGCAUCGGCCGCGCCGGCCGCGACCCGCUCGGCAGCAGCGCCAGCCGUGGCAGCCACGGCGGCGCGCCUGCGAGAGAGCCAGCCGGUAGCACCGGGCUUCGGCGUGGCGGCUCCUUCAGGAGGAGCGAGCUCCAGUUCGGGAGCGGCGCGAGCGGCAGAGGCCGCCGCGGAUGUCGACAUGACCGCGGCCAGGUCGCGGCUGAAGCGCUUGGCAGAGGUGGCCCCGGAUGACGUGCCGGAGGCCCUCGAGCGCGGUGAUCCACAGCCGGCAGACGUGCCGGUACCGGUGGACAUGGAGGAUCUCGCGGCGCAGCCGGCGCCAGCGGAAGGACCUCAGCUGCCAGCUGGAGUGGCAGUCGUGUGGAACGCCAGUGAGGGGAGGCACAUGCGGGUGCUCGCCCUCGAUGUGGCGUCGAUCGAGCUGGUUGAGCUCGGAGUGCUGACGAGAGCGAAGGCGGAGUUGCUCCCGCUCGUUCGCGAACAGGUCAGUGGCCAUUGGGCCAGCGCCGGCGUGGACAUCGCCGACGAAGAGGUGGACAGCAUCGCCCUAUCGGCGUUGCAGCUGGGCGCCGUGGACGUGGCCGAGGUGUACUCGCCACAUCGGUUCUCGGCUCGGGCAGCGGAGUUUCAGCUGCGCCCGGGCUUCGCGGCGGACCUGGAGGAACUCAAGGAGGACGGGGCGCCGUGGGACUUGCGGCGCCCCGAAGAUGUCAAGGAGCUCGAGAAGCAGCAGGAGCGGAUGGAUCCCAUCCUGCUCACGGGGUCCCCUCCAUGCGAGAAGUUCAGCUUGCUGAGGGGCCUGAGCGCCAAGUUCAGGACCGAUGAGCAGGAGGCGGCUGAGAUGGAGGAGGCCAGACACCACCUGAAGGUGGCAGUCGACGCCUACUGGCGUCAGCUCAGGAAGCCAGGCAGGUACUUCUUGCAUGAGCAUCCCUGGAGCGCGCGAUCGUGGAAUGAGGACAUCGUCAAGGAGCUGGUCGCGCAUCCAGGAGUCUUCACGGUCAAAGGCCCCAUGUGUCGGUGGGGCAUGAAGCUCACGAACCCCCGCAAUGGCCAGGAGGAGUUCGUGCGCAAGGAGACCGGAUGGGUCACCAACCAUCCAGGCUUAGCCCGGAGGCUGCAGGGCACUUGCAGCAAUGUGGACGGCCGCGCGGAAUGGCAUCGCCACAUCACGCUCGUGGGCGGCAUCGCGCGGUUCGCGAAGGUCUAUCCACCGAAGUUGGUGGAGGCGGUGCUGGAGGAGCUCAAGGACACGCUGAAUGACGUGGGAGAGCUCAGCACCGCCCAGGUGCAGCAGUCGGGCCCAGUCCCUGUGGACGCGGCAGUGCCGCCCGGGGACUGGACGAGUUACUGGGACGACGUCAAUGGCGGCUACCUGGAGGCGGGCCUUGUGGCCCAGGCUCGCGCGGUCGAGCGCGAGUGGGUCAAGAAGCAGGAGCUGAUCGAGAUCGUCCCGAGGUCUCAGGCUUUCGCCGAGACUGGGCCACCGCUCCACAUUCAGGAGUCGCUUCGCAAGAAGGGCAGGAAGCCGGGCAACUUCAAGAUCGGCUUCUUCGACAUCAGCAGGGCGCACUUCUACGGGAAGGCGCAGCGGAGGAUCUUCGUGGAGCUGGAGGAGGAGAGUCGCAAGGAGUACGGCGAGGACAAGUGCGGCCUACUCCUCAAGUCCUGGUACGGCACGCAGGACGCCAGCAAGAUCUGGCAGGGCGACUACACGGAGCUGCUGGAGGAAAACGGCUACAAGGCGGGCGUGUCGUGCCCAGCGGUCUUCUACAAGGAGGUGGACGAGACGAGGCUGCUGGGGCACGGCGACGACUUCGCGGUGCUGGCUCAGCAGCAGGACAUCGACAGCUUCGAGGCCACGCUGGGCAAGAAGUACGAGUUCAAGAAGACUGCGAACCUAGGCUUCGACGAGGGCGAUGACAAGCAGGCGGUCUUCCUGAAUCGGGUCAUCGAGGUCAGUGCGGGAGUUCCGCCUGGCGGUGGCCGGCCCUGCCGGCAUGCGAUGAUCGAGCCGGACAAGCGGCACGCGGAGAUCGUGAUCGACGAGUUGGGUCUCAGCAAGGCCAACGGCGUGGACACGCCGACGGAGAAGCGCAGCGCCGACAAGCAGAUGAUGGAUGCGAAGUCGGCGGCGUUGGGAGCAGCGGAAGCUUCGCGCUUCCGAUCCCUCACCAUGAGGGUGGCCUACCUGUCUCAGGACAGGCUGGACUUGGCUGAGGCAUCGAAGACGCUCGCCAGGUCCAUGCAGACGCCAACGGAGGCGAGCUGGCUCAUGCUCAAGAGGGUUGGCCGCUACCUCAAGCGGCAUCCUAGCACGGUGACGGUUUUCACGGAGCAGAAGACGUUCGACAAGAUCCGGGUGUACGUGGACUCCGAUCAUGCAGGCUGUGCAGUCACGCGGAAGAGCACCGGAGGCUUCGUGGCGAUGCUGGGGCAUCAUGUAGUCAAGCACGGCAGUAACCUGCAGUCGACGGUUUCAUUGAGCAGCGGGGAGAGCGAGUACUACGCCCUGGUGAAGGGCGGGAGCGUGGGCCUAGGCCUUCACAGCCUCUUCGCGGAUUGGGGGCUGGACCUGAAGGUGGAGCUUGCCUCGGAUUCAUCGGCGGCCCGGGGCCACGUCCAACGGCGAGGUCUCGGGAAGAUGCGGCAUGUUCAAUCACGAUACUUGUGGAUCCAGGAGCGUGUGGGCAAGGGCGACCUCUCGAUCGCUGCAGUUCCUGGCAAGAACAAUGUCGCGGACGUGCUGACCAAGAGCGUGGGUGGCUCCCUUUUGAGGAGACACAUGGCUACGCUGAACAUCUGGGAUCGGGCACCGAGUUCGACUCAGAAGGACAUCAAGUGA